AUGAAGGGACUCCAGGCAGGAAUCCCACUCGCGGCCCUGGCUGCUGUCGCCCGCGCCACUUCGGUCAUCGGGGGCUCGCAGGGCGAAGAUCGCGGCAGUGACGCCGCGCUGCCGGUCGACAACAAGUUCCGGAGUGAGGUGAACGACUACCGCUCGGACGACCACUCUUUCGACCUUGAUGCGAAGAAGACCGUCAUCGAGCCGGGCCAUGGCCGUCGCCCUCACCACCACAAGGCCAGAGAGGAGGUGAUCCAGUCCAACGACGGACUGUCCGAGGGAUCGACUUACGUGAAGCCGCAAGUCCACGCGGAGUCGAACCACGAGAACUCGUACCAUGAAGAUGACCACUCCGUUGAGCUGGAGAAGGAUGUCGUCGAGGUGGUGCCGCCUCACGGUCAUCCCAAGCACCACCAUGCUCGUGGUGGGCACGAAGACGUCGACGUCAUCGGAGGGCCCGGCGGUGUUGACACGGGCAAUUCAUUUGCUCUGCCCAUCACCAGCAAAUUCUCCUCCACGGUCAAUGAUGCCUAUGUCGAUGACCACUCGCGUGAUAUUGAUAUCGACACCACCAUUGUGAAACCCAAGUCGCACCCCCCGAGCCACUUCAAGGCUCGCGGAGGGCACGAACAUGUCGACGUUAUCGGCGGCGCUGAGGGUAUUGACACGGGGAACACCUUCGAUAUGCCGAUUACGAGCAAGUUCUCGUCUGUUGUCAACGACGCGUAUAUUGAUGACCACUCCCGGGACAUUGACAGAGAUACCACCAUCGUGAACCCCAAGCACCACGGACCUGGUCACUUCAAAGCACGUGGUUAUCAUGAGAAUGUCGAUGUGAUCGGUGGGCCUGAGGGAGUUGAUGUCGGCAACACCUUUGAUUUGCCCAUCACCAGCAAGUUUUCUUCGACUGUGAACGAUGCCUAUGUCGAUGAUCACUCGCGUGAUAUUGAUGUGGAUAAGACUGUCGUUUCCCCUCACCACCACAAGGCUAGGGGCGAGCAUGAGCACGUGGACGUUAUCGGCGGGCCUGGAGGGGUUGACACCGGGAACACCGUCAGCAUCCCUAUUACCAGCAAGUUCUCAUCCACCGUCAACGACUACUAUGAAGACGACCACUCCCGCGAUAUUGAUGUGGACAAGACUGUGGUUAAGCCUCACCACCACAAGGCCCGUGGAAGCCACGAGCAUGUGGAUGUGAUCGGCGGCCCUAGUGGUGUCGAUACCGGCAACAGCUUUGACAUGCCGAUCACCAGCAAAUUCUCCUCCGUCGUCAACGACGCAUAUGUUGACGAUCACUCCUUUGAUCUGAACAAGGAUACCACGAUUGUCCGUCCCCAUCACAAGCGCGAGCAUGUGGAUGUUAUCGGCGGCCCUGGUGGUGUCGAUACCGGCAACACCUUUGACCUCCCUAUCACAAGCAAGUUCUCGUCCGAAGUCAAUGACUACUAUCAAGACGACCACUCCAGAGACAUCGAUGUGGAUAAGACUGUUGUUAGGCCUCACCACCACAAGGCUCGUGGAGGACACGAACAUGUGGACGUGGUCGGUGGGCCUAGCGGGGUUGAUACUGGCAACACAUUUGACAUGCCCAUCACCAGCAAGUUUUCCUCCGAGGUGAAUGAUUAUUACAAGGAUGACCACUCGUGGGAUGUGGAUUAUGAUAAGACGAUCGUGCGUCCUCACCACAAGCGACAGCAUGGCGAGCAUGGCGAGCACGUUGAUGUGAUUGGUGGACCCGGAGGUGUCGACAUCGGGAACACCUUUGACCUACCGAUCACAAGCAAGUUCUCCUCGGAAGUCAACGACUAUUACCAAGAUGACCACUCGCGGGACAUUGACUACAACAAGAAGAUUGUUCACAAGCGCCAACACGGUGAUGACGUUGACCUGAUCGGUGGACCGGAGGGCGUUGACAUCGGAAACACCUUUUCGCUGCCGAUCACUAGCAAGUUCUCCUCCGAGGUCAAUGAUUAUUACCAGGAUGAUCAUUCGUGGGAUGUUGAUGUUGACAAGAAGAUUGUCCACAAGCGCCAACACGGUGAUCAUGUUGACGUGAUUGGCGGACCUGGGGGUGUAGAUACUGGGAACACAUUUGAUAUGCCGAUCACCAGCAAGUUCUCCUCUGAGGUUAAUGAUUAUUACCAGGACGACCACUCUCGCGACAUCGACACCGACACCACCAUCGUACACCCCCAUCACUACAAGGCCCGCGGCCGGGGCGAGCACGUUGACGUGAUCGGCGGGGCUGAGGGUGUUGACAUUGGCAACUCAGUUGAUAUUCCUAUUAGCAACUCCUUCAAGUCCAAGGUCAACGAGCAGAGCUAUGACGAUCAUUCGGUCGACAUUGACAUCAGCAAGCAUCAUGCCCGCCGGGGAGGGGACUUCAGCAUUCUGGGAGGCCCGUCUGGUGUUGACAUCGGCAACAGCGUGGUGAUGCCUUUCACUAAUACUGUGGAUGUUGAAUCCAACAGUUACCACAAGGAUGAUCACUCCGUGCACGCACAGGUUACGACCACCAUUCCGGCUCCAGAGCCUCAGCAUGAGCCUGCUCCCGCGCCCGCUCCGGAGCCAGCACAUGAGGAGACCAAACCGGAGGAACCUAAGGCAGAGCCCCAUGCGGAUGAACCUCCCAAGCAGCCCGAGCCCAAGGCUUCGACAUCGUGCGAGCCUACUGUUCAAGAGGUCGUGCGUACGGUGACACGCACCCUUCCCACCGAAUCCACAGUAGCCCCCAAGGUUGACGCUGUGGCCACUGAAGCUCCUGCACCUACUCACUCCGCCCUCGCCCCGAGUGAGCCUAACGAGUCUGCUGCGCAGUCUAACCCCACCCACGAGGCCGCGGCCCCAACCAACCCCUUCACUCCCAACCUGGAUGAAGCUCACCACGUUCCUGGCUCUGAGCCGUCCGCGACGAGUGUUGUGCAAAGUGCGAUGACGACUGCCGCUCCGGCCCGCACAGAGCCGGUUGUCAUGGACAAGGUAGCUUCCAGCAUCACGAUUCAACAAGAUUCCACCUUCCACGUGAUCCCCGUGUAUGUGCCACAAUCCUCUGCCACCACUCCCUCGUCGUUCGCCGUCCCCACUGCGGUUACGAGCGUUGUUAGUCCCCACUCCACGGGCGUCGAUGCCUACGAACCCACUCUCCGCUACAACCUACCCCCGGCUGCACCGUCGGCAUCAUCAACCGGUGUUCUGUUCACCGGGGCUGGAGCACCCCAGGUCGCACCUUACGCUGGCGUCUUUUCGGUCUUCUCUGGUCUUGUGGCUCUCCUGGCCUUGAUCCUGUAA